GUUGUAGCUAAACAAGGAAAACAAAAGAGGGUGAUCUCGCUCUCGCGCCACAUCUUCUGGCGAAGAACGAGUACUUCUCUCCUCGAAUCACCACACGUGUCCUUCCCUCCUCUUUCUCUCUCUACUAAUUUUAGCGCUUUCAGUUUUCUUUCCUCUCUCCCUCUCUCUCCCCGCCCCCCUCUCCCUCUCCCCCUCUCUCUCUCUCUCUCUCUCUCUGGGUUCACUUUCUCUCCCUCUCGUAUUCGGUUUCCUCUCAUUCUUUCUUCUCCUUCUCCUUUUCUCCAUCUCUAUCUCUUUUCUUUUAUUUUAUUCUCUGCAAUCGUUCAAUCGAUUGAUUGAUAUUUGUCUCGGAUUCGAAUACAAGAUCCUUCGGAUUUCAUUCCUCGGCAUCUGAUGAAAUUCUUUUUGACAGUUUCUCAUACAAUUAGAUCUCUUUACCAUUCAUAUCCCUCCAUUCUUCCGUUCUGUUAGUUCGUAUCACUAGGUUUCCGGUGAUCUUCAUCGUUGUUUUGGGAACUGGAGACAAGUAUUGGUUCUCGCCCAAAGAAAAAGGUCGGUUUCCCCCAUUCUUCGAACCAUAUAUUGUAUUAGUUCUAACCCUAGCUUUGAUAAAGUCAGAUAGCAGGAAAGGAAAAAAAAGAGGAAGAAACAAGUAAGCUCUGAUUAUUUUGUUGAUUUUUUUGGUACUUGAAUUUCUUUGUUUCCGUUUCCGUUUUCUUUCCUUCUUUGAUCAAUUGUAGCUGCUUUCAUAUCCUAGAACAAGAAACUCGGUGAAAUUUUUGGUGCUGUUUUUUUGUUGCCAUCCGAAAUCGAGGGUUCUCUUGUCGGAUCUUCUAGGGUUUAGGUUUCAUUGUUUUGCUUUCUAGGGUUAGGUUCCAUACUUCCGUUCUAUUUCAUUCCCUUUUUAUCUCUUCUAGAAUACCUAUAUCAACCGGUAGGAUUUGGCGUUUUAGGUAUACUCUUCUUUUCCUGGGGGAAGUUUGGAAGAAAGACCUAUCUGGUUAGAGUGUAUAUAGUGAAUUAGUAUGACCUUGAAUUUUUCUCACCGGCCUAUCUUUCCUGCUACUACUCCUUCAGAAGACAAUUUGCUUUCUUCAGUUAGAAUUGCUAACGGGUACGUUGUGGAGGGAAUCCCAGAGAAGAGUGCGGAUAGCUUUGCUAAGCCCUGGCGUUUCAACUGGGAAUUUGAGAAUUCCUAUGAUUACACAAGGGAUAGAGCUGACAGAGGAGGCUCUUGUGAGCCAAUUUCCAAUGAUAUUCUGGACCUUUUGCCAUCAGAUCCCUUUGGCAUGGAAAUAAGUGCUACCUUUACAGCCAUCACUGGUUGGAUUGAGGAUUUUGAAGCGGAUUCUGACAAUUAUGGAGGGGAUGAAGCCUGGGCAAGGAAGGGAGAUUAUCAAUUGGUUGCUGGAUUGAAUUUUAUCUGGAACCAGGCCAUGAAAUUUCACAUGGAGCCAGGGAACGCAUGGAUUGAUGAGAGGUCAAAUCCAUGCGGUGAGUUUGGUGGAACACUUUACGAGAAGGAAUCUGAAGAUGGAUCAUGUGAUGGUGGCUUUGUGUCAGUAUGCAAUAUGGACGAAUUCCUGAGUUUUGGAGAUGAUGCUUGGCCUGCUAGUCAUCAAGCCAAAGAAUCAACAGAGGGUACUGAUAGUUGUUCUGACGGAGCUGGUGGUGCUCCACACGAGGCUUUGCUUUAUGCACUGAGCUAUUUGGGUGUCCGUGACCUCCUUUCUGCUGGAAGCGUUUGCAGAAUGCUGCGAUCUGCAGUUGAAAGUGAUUCCUUUCUCUGGAGAAAUAUUCACAUUGAUCAGCCACUUAGCGAACGGAUAACUGAUGAUGUUCUUUUGCAGCUAACUAAUAGGGCUCAAGGCAAUUUACAAUGCUUGAGCCUGGUGGAGUGUCCAAGGAUUACAGAUGAUGGACUUAAACGUGUGCUUGGAAGCAAUCCAAGACUAACAAAGCUGAGUGUGCCUAGAUGUAGAAGACUCAGUGUGGAGGGCAUUGUAUAUAACUUGAAGGCUUUCAAGUCUUCAGGUGUGCCUGGAAUAAAGCACCUAAGAAUUGGUGGCCUCUAUGGUGUAACACAUAAGCAUUUUGAAGAGUUGAAGUUAUUACUGGGCACAGAAAACUGUCCACAGCCUAAAACUCAAAAACCACAUUUUUAUCACAAUGGGUACUUGUCUAUUACUAGUGAUGAUGAUCGUGCCAUUGAUAUUGAGAUUUGUCCAAGAUGCCAGAACUUGAGGCUAGUCUAUGAUUGCCCAGCAGAAGGCUGCCAAAGUAAACAGCCAACCACUCAGUUGUGCAGGGCAUGCAUAUUCUGCAUUGCACGGUGUGUCCAGUGUGGGAGGUGCAUAAAUGAUAGCGAAUAUGAGGAGACAUUCUGUCUGGAAUUGUUAUGUUCAGACUGUUGGAAAAAACUGCUGAAGUGCCAAGAGAGGCAGGAGGAAAAGGAUACUCCCUCCUCAAAGCACACCAUCUUCCACCAUGAGUCAAGGUACCAACUUCGCUUUUGUGGCUAGAGAGUGGCACUAUAUAUGAAUGUCAGAUUUUGAUGUUGGACGAAAGUGUCUGAUUUGCAGUCAACAUAUAUGCCAGAUAGAUGGAAAUCAGUCGCAUGGUGUGGAUUCUGUCCAUCUGAUAGCAGAGUUUUGAGUCAGCAGGUUCAUGUUGGGUUUUGCAUUAGGCUGAUGGACCAUGGCUUCCAUGGCUAAAUUAUAUCAGCAUUACCCAAGGAUGCUAUUCUUUCUACUAAAAAAACGCACACAAAAAAAAGGAGAAAACAUAAAAUUAAGAUACUCAAAAAGGAAUGGAAAGGAAGAAGAAGGUAAAGGAGAGCUUUUUAAAUGUAAUGCUAGUGAGGCAGGAAUGUGCUCAAAAGAAGAGAUACUCUCCUGGCCUAUUGAUUGUUGUCAUGAGAACAUGCUUUAAUAGAAUCCGGUGAAUUAGGAGGGUGAUUUAUAUGCAUUGUCUGUGAGGACUGAGGAGGGGAGGUGACUUGAGAAGGUGCAAUCAAGUGGAAAAAGUACUGAAUUAUCUUUAGCUCUGAAGCGUCUUGUCACUAUAUACAGUUGUACUGCCAUCAUACCAUCCAUCUCUGCAGGCAUUUGUUUGUUACUGAUGGAGUAUGCAUACAGGAGAGUGACCUCUAUGUUGCCUGGUCAAGUUGGGCUGUUGGGGAUCAUUGCCUGUCACCUUUGCAGCAGCCGGCAAUGGAAUGGUAUAGCGCAAGAUGCUACCGAGCAGCAGCAUGCAGUGUGGUUAAAGAACAAGUCUAAAUCAGAGGCUUUAUAUGACUAAGGGUUAUGUUCUAUUUGUCUGGAGAUUGGGCUAAUUUGUGGUUUUUGUUAUGCCUAGUUCUCCAGAUGGUAGCGGUUUCCUGCUUUGUUGAGAAUAUAAAAAAGCCAUGACUCUUGGCUAAGGUGGCUGGCAUUAGACAGACCCCCUAUGUCGCCAUGUCCAUUCAGGAGCGGCUAUGUAUGUAACUUGUGCAGAAUCGCGGAUGGAGCCCGCAAUGUCUUUCUACAUGGCAAUAAUUCUAGUAUUUCCAAGUGAAUGGAGUCUGUAAUAUUAUAUUUAUAUGCUUCAAGAAUCAAGAUACUAUUACAGUGAUUUUUAUGUUCCCAGGUAGCUAUAUACAAUCUAAACGACCUUUGUGCCUGAAUUGAAUAAUUAUUCCAAUACAAUGUGACA